AUGCAACUCACUACCAUCCUCUCACUCUUUGUGGCUGCGGCUUCGGCCACCCCUUGCCCUGGGUCGCCUCGCAAGUUCGGCAUCAUGGCUCUCCGCUCCGCCUCCCCGAUUCACUUUGCCAGCGCCGGCGCCUCGCAGAACGGCAUCGCCCUGAACCUUUCCGACGCGCGGGCUGAUGCGGAUUGCGUAGAUGGCUCGAAGCCCAAGAGUGCCACUUUCUACAUCGAGGACGAACGGCUGUAUCUGUACGGAAAGAAGGGUGGUGUCGUCCAGCAAUUUGUGGUCGACCGCUCUGGCAUGGGCCAAGGCGUUGUCCGCUACUCGACCAAGACCGAGUCGGACCCCACCGGCCAUUUGGAGGUGAAGGGUUGGGCUGUGGAUGAGAACGACAACCUCAGCUUCAACGGCACCGGCCUUAUCGGCUGCCCUGCUCAGGACGGAUCCUGGAACAUCUGGCUUGGUACGGUUGCAAAGCCCGCUGGCCAGGAGGGAUGUCUCGGUUUCUCCGCGCGUACCGUCGACGUGAAGAAGCCUGUGCAAUGCACGUACAGCAACUACGCAUAA